GCAGUUGUAAGACAGGUACCCUCAGUUCAUUCUCGGUAAGGGGCAGUAGCCUGUGCGAGAGCGAGUGGAGCGCGAGUGGAUUUCUUUUUGCCUGAUUUCUUUUUUUGUUUCUUUCGGACCGUCAUUCAGUGCCUGGAUGGCGUGGGACAGGUGUAACCAGGACUCGGUCUGGAGAGAAUUAGAGUGUGCUGCCUUGGUUGGCGAAGACCAACCCCUCUGUCCGGACCUCCCCGAACUCGACCUCUCAGAGCUUGAUGUCAGUGACCUGGAUGCGGACAGCUUCCUGGGCGGGCUCAAGUGGUACAGUGACCAAUCAGAGAUAAUUUCCAGUCAAUAUGGCAACGAGGCUUCCAACCUCUUUGAGAAGAUAGAUGAGGAAAAUGAGGCCAACUUGCUGGCAGUGCUUACAGAAACGCUGGACAGCAUCCCAGUGGACGAGGACGGAUUGCCUUCGUUCGAGGCCCUGGCAGAUGGGGACGUGACCAAUGCCAGCGACCAGAGCUGUCCCUGCACCCCCGACGGUUCGCCGCGCACCCCCGAACCAGAGGAGCCCUCCUUGCUGAAGAAGCUCCUUCUGGCACCCGCAAACUCCCAGCUCAGCUAUAAUCAAUACAUAGGCGACAAGGCACAAAACCAUGCAGCCAGCAACCACCGGAUCAGACCAACACCUGCUGUUGUCAAGACGGAGAUCUCCUGGAACAGCAAGCCGAGGGGGGGCUGUCCGCAGCAGAGCCGUCUAGUGAGGCGCCCGUGCACCGAGCUGCUCAAGUACCUGACUGCCACCGACGACAUCCUCCUCCAGACCAAAGCCAGCGACGCCAAGAGCGCCUGGGGGGGUGGUGGCAAAGACAAGGGCGGCCUGCUGGGCGCCUCCUCCUCCACCUCCUCGUCGCCGUCCUCCUCCUCCACCUCCUCCUUCUCCUCCCUCUCCUCCUCCUCCUCUAUCGCCUCCAAGAAGAAGUCGUCCUCGUCGUCCGUCGUGUCGCAACAGCAGCAGCAGCAGCAUCACCAGCGAGGUGAGAGCCGGGCUGCUGGCGAGUGUAGUGUGGCUGGUGUGGGGGCUGGGAAGUGGCGUCGUUGCGCUCAUGGGGCUGGUGGCACUGAGGGACAGUCCGAACCCGCGGCGGCACCCGCUCCUGUCCCCCCAACACGUAGGAACGGCAGUGGCCAUGCCCGCCCCAAACUGGAGCGCAGGCCGUCCAGUGAAGAAGGAAGGCCGCCAGGUCCGCAGCCUGCGGUGGAUGCGGGGCGCCUGGCAGCCGCUAGGUUCAUUAGGUACAUGCAUUCUUAUUCUCUCCUUCCUAGAGAGACGGGUCAGACAGGCAGCUGUGGGCGUUGCCCUGAGGUGGGCACUGCCACUCAGGCUAGCGAGUGCUGGGGCGGGCAUGGCCGUGGUGCGGCAGCGCGUAGGCACAUCACAGUGACCAUAAAGAAAAGAGAGGAGGAGCCGGGGCAUCCGUUGCUUAGCCAGUUGCUGACCUCCAAGCAGAGGCCCGCCAGCUAUCGGGCCCACUUGCUCCUGCCCGCUACUACCCCUCAGCCCCGCAAGAGCAGUUCAUCAAGAAUGAGCUCUGGAGUCCUGGAGAGGGAUCAGUGUCCCAGCCAGGCUAUUGAGGUGGAGGAGAAGUACAGAGGCACUGUCAAUAUCAAUCCCGGCAGCUGGGGUCUCAGACAGGCCAAGGAGCCUGAUUCGGACCCCCUGUUGGCCGAGAGCUUAGGCCUAGGCAGCUGGGUUAGCCAGUCAGACCAGGGGCUAGAUUUGGGGCUGGAGCUGGGCUUGGGUUGGCCGGAGGUUGGCCUGGUGGAGCAGGCUGGCUGUUUCGGGGAGGAGGUCCGCGAUGAUGAUGCCAUGGGCAGCCCCAUGGCGCUCUCACAGGGCCUGCCAUGCCCACUCUUCCCAGAUUCUAGAAUUCCAGACCCCACUCCCUCCUUCACACAAGGGCAGCAGCACCUACACAUGCAGGCAGUCUGCGGGCACCCCGAUGACCAGGGCCUCCUGUUGUUAGCCAAACCAACCACCUUGCCACUUCCUUUGACCCCAGAGUCUCCAAAUGACCACAAGGGAUCACCGUUUGAGAGCAAAUCCAUUGAACGCACAUUGAGUGUGGAGAUCUCUGGAACCCCAGGUCUGACACCACCUACCACGCCCCCCCACAAAGCCAGUCAAGAGAACCCUUUCAAAGCAUCACUCAAAACCAAGUUGUCUUCAUGCUCCUCGUCUGCCCUGGCGUGCAAGAGGGUUCGGCUGAGCGAGGCGGGCCUCUGCGGCCCCCCAGCCCUAACCCCGACCCUAGGUGGGGGUCCCUCCAGGAAGGGCCCCGAGCAGACUGAACUGUAUGCCCAGCUGAGCAAAGCGUCCACUGCCCUCCCCAACUCGGUGGUCACCGCAACGACAGGGGGUUGCCAGGAGGAGCCCCGCGGCUUCAGCGACCACGACUAUUGUCAGUCGCCGGCGGCCAGCACAAAACGGGACGCUGACGCUAAUGUGGCUAACGCAGCUUAUGCUACUGUUACCAUGACGACUACUACGACAACCCCUCUGAUGCCCAAUCCGGUCAUGGCGGAGGACAGGCAUGUGAAAUGUAAGGACUCAGCCAUGCCACCCUCCUCCUUUUCUUCUUCCUCCUCCUCUUCUACGUCUUCUCCUACAUCUUCAUCCUCUUUGGCCAAGCAGCUGCAGCAGAGCUCUUACCCUGUGGCUACGGAGGCUCGGGGGCAGGGUGCUCGGGGACAGGACCGGACCCCCACCACCCAGACAAGAGCACCCCCACCACAGACCCUAGAUGGGGACCAGCAUUCCACCAGCAGGAAGCAGCCCCUGCGAGACCAGGAGAUCCGGGCGGAGCUCAACAAGCACUUUGGCCGUCCCCAGCAAGCCAUUUACAGCCAGGGUGAGAAGGGGGGGGAGUUGGUGGUGGAGGAGGGGGGGCAGGGAGGAGGGGAGAAGGUUGUCGCCCCGCAGGCGUCCGAGGAGAACCCUGCUGGGGACGAGUACUACUGCAAGCUUCCUGGUUCUGGUUCUACUGGGUACCUGCACCCGGGUCUCCCGCCCUUCCACGAGGAACUUGAGCUCCAGGACCGUGGCGUGGAGGGGCGCUACCUCUACCCCUGGGAGGGCACCCCCCUGGAAAUGCUUUUCGAGUCCUGCUCGCCGUCCUGCUCGCCGUCCAGCUGCUCCCCCUCACGGGGCUCCGUCUCACCCCUCUCCUCCCUCCUCCUCUCCCCCAGACACUUUGUCUGGCCCCGUUCGGGCUCCCCCUCCUCCCGUUCUCGCUCCCGGUCCCGCAGUUCCUCCUCCCACCACCGGAGGCGCUCCCUCUCCAGCUCACCCGACGGACGCCCCUCCUCCAGGUCUCGUCACAACAUGGACUCCAGCACUUACCGAUCCAGGACCCACAAAAGCCCUCACUCGCAGUCUCGAUCUCAGUCCAGAUCCCCCCUCAGCCGCAGGCCAAGGUACGACAGCUACGAAGAAUACCAACACGAGCGUCUGAAGCGGGAGGAGUAUCGCCAGGACUACCAGAAGAGGGAGUCCCAGAGGGCCGAGCAGAGGGAGAGGCAAAGUGAAAAAGCAAUACAGGAGGAGAGACGGGUGGUGUACGUGGGGAGACUGAGGUCCGACAGCACGCGAACCGAGCUAAAGCGGCGUUUUGAAGUCUUCGGCGAGAUCGAAGAGUGUGCCGUGAACCUGAGAGAUGACGGGGACAAUUUUGGUUUCAUCACCUACCGCUACACUUGUGACGCCUUCGCUGCCCUUGAAAACGGACACACCUUGCGCCGGUCAAACGAGCCCCAGUUCGAGCUGUGCUUCGGUGGACAAAAGCAGUUCUGCAAAUCGAAUUAUACAGACUUGGAUUCCCAUUCUGAUGACUUUGAUCCAGCCUCCACUAAAAGCAAGUAUGACUCCAUGGAUUUUGACAGCUUGCUGAGAGAGGCCCAGCGCUGCUUGAGAAGGUAACAAGUGCUCUAGCAGCCGCUGUCUACCAAGAGGGAUGUCUUGAUACCUCACUAAUGUUUCUGUCCUUUGACUACGAGAAGUUUUACACUCUAUGUAAGAGAGUAUAUAAAGAGGAACCUAUAUAUAUAUAUAUAUAU